AUGAACAAAUCCACUCUAUCCGCCAUCCGAAAGCUCUCCACCCUCACCUCAGACCAAAAAACUGCCGUCAUAGACGCGAUCGCCGGAGAUAUGACUACCACGAUGAUCAGAAUAUCCCAAGAAAUCAACCGCGGGAAUCUGGACCCAGACAAUACCGCGCCUAUGGACAACUUUAUUCGCACCCUCCAGCGACACGAGAGAGCGGAGCUGCGAAAGCUAGAGCGGAAAAUCGCAGGAUAUCAGCGUCGAGCAAGGAUAUGGCGUGCUAAGCGACGGCUUAUACGUGUCAUCGUUGCGGAGAUGAAGCGGCAUACGGGGAGUUUGCACCAGUGCCCAAAAACCCUGGCGAAAGCGCUGGAAUCUCUGGAGAAGGGUUUAUGUUCGGAAUCGGGAUCGGGCAGUGGCGAAUCAUCGUCGGGACAAUAA